GGAGAGCUUUGUUGUGACCAUGCUCUGGGCUGUGUAGGUGUCUAGCAGGGCAUGAGCAGGUCUCUCUUGUGUCUCUACCUGGCUAAGCUGUCGUCGUCCAGGUCGCUGCAGUCGUCGACCCCUGAGCGCAGGCAGACACCCGCAGUCACAAAGUAGAAGUACUAGACAUCUGCUGUCGUCUCAUCCUCCUGCUACUCUGCAUACUCCUACCAGUCUCUCCUCUGCCAUGUCUCCCUUCUGCAGCCCAGGCCAUGCAGUCCUCUCCCGUGCUGCUUCUUUCUCCUUCCAGAAAUUUCGCAGGACGCGACACAGACAACCAGACACGACCCACCAUCUACCCACUCCAUAGGCAUUGCUCUUCCCAUCCAUCCUCCAUCCAAGAAAUGGUCCUGCACAACCCCGGAAACUGGCACUGGACCACAAAGGACUGCAGGCCCUGGGCGAAAUCAUGGUUUACCGACAACCUCUGCAAGCAAGCGGACAACGACCAAGCAGAGAUCCGCAUCACCACCGUCUCUGAGUCUUCCGGUGACUGUGAUGUUGCCAUGCGAAAGGGCAAAAUCAUCACCAUCUACGAUAUCAAGCUUGUGUUGAAAUUUACAGGAACAUUGAAGGAUGCAGAAAGCACAACGGUUGAUGGCAAUAUUACCAUUCCCGAAGUCAUGCACGAUCACGAAGAAGACGACUAUGUCUUUGAUAUCGAAGUCUUUUCUGAGACUCGGGAAAAGGCAAAAGCCAGAGACUUGAUUAAACAGCGACUCGUCCCUGCUUUGCGACAACAGCUACAGGGAUUCCCACAAGCGCUCGUGGAUGCGCACGGUAAGGAUGUGAAGAUCAAUUUCGAUGCAGGUCAUGCACCGACGGUCGGUACAGCUGCCAAUGCAGCCAAUGCACCUACUCAACCGCAGCAGCAGCAAUCAAACACCUCUGCCACUGCCGCAAAAUCAUCCACAUCGACGAAAAAGGUCAAUACGUCUAGUAUAGCAGAGACGUUUGAGUUCCAAACCCUUGCAAAGGAACUCUAUACGACCUUCAUCGAUCCUGCUCGUCUUGCAGCAUGGACGCGUGCACAACCCAAUAUCGACGCUCGUAAAGGCGGCCAAUACCAGCUCUUCAAUGGGAAUGUCGAGGGUGAGUUUUUGGACUUGCAGGAGAAUGAAAAGUUGGUACAGACGUGGCGGUUGAAGGAUUGGCCUGCUGGACAUUAUGCAACAUUGACAAUGACAUUUGAUCAGGGACUUGAUGGGACGAAUUUGCGUAUGGUGAUGGAGGACGUGCCGUUGGGUACGGAAGAGGUUGUCAAGACCAACUUUGUUGAGUACUACGUCAAGCCCAUCAAGACGACAUUUGGCUUUGGUGCAGUCUUGUAGACCUGCUCGUAUGCGACGCGGUCGAAUAUUCAGCAUAGCAACUCUACACCAUGACCCCGAUGCGUUCUUCUUGUUAAUUGAU